UUGCUGAUAAAAAAGAACGGUGAACCGUGAUAAAAAUCAACCGCUGCAUAAUUUUCUUCAAUUUCAUCAUCAUUCAUCGUUAGAUGAAGUGAUCAAAAAUAUGUUACUCAGGUGAAGUAUUUCAUAAAUUGUGACCAUGGAGCUUUACUGCAGUAAUUUAGUGUUGAAUCCGUUAUUCGGUAAACGUUUAUUUUGUGCAAUUAGUAAGAAUGUUCAUUAUCCUCCGCGGAUGUUAUAUUCCUCAAUAGCAUCAAAAUUGUCAACUUCUCCGAGAUUAAACGUCGUACUCAAGCACCAGAAGAAUUUUUCUACUCAUAAGUUAUUUAUCAAAACACAUCUUAGAAAGCAUACUCUCGGGCAGCUCUGUCUUACUGUUAAUCAGAGAUCAGCAGUGGUUUUAGUGUCGAAUAUUCGUCAUUUUCACACCAGUCGAAUUCGUUUUCAAGGAAAUGAUGAGAAAAAACCUCCAAAUAAAGACGAUGAUAAGAAGAUAUCACCGAUGAUGGCAAAAUUAUUACUAUGGUGUUUAACGGUUUACAUAUUAGUAUUUGUUGGAGCUUCUAUGAUGUUACCUUCAAACAAGCAAGAGAUUAUCAGAUAUGUAUCGUGGAAUGAAUUCUUGUAUCACAUGUUAGCUAAGGGUGAAGUAGAAGAAAUCAUUGCUCAACCAGAUAUCGGUUUAGUGACAGUUGUCUUACACGAUGGAGCAGUAGUGAAGGGCAGACGAGUCGAUAUAAAAAAUUUUCAUAUGCAAGUAGACAUUGAUAAGUUUGAGGAGAAAUUACGAGCUGCCGAAGCGAAACUUGGAAUUAAAGUUGGAGAAGGAGUACCAGUGAUAUAUGAAAGAGGAGAAGAUACUAUAGGAAGACUGUUGACUUCUCUCAUUAUAGCAGGAAUAUUACUGUCGAUAUUCAAUAGAGGAAAGGGUUUGAAAGCACCUGGAAUCACCGAUGCUUUUUCAAGUCUAGGCAGAGCGAAAUUCACUUUAAUUGACCCUGUCGUCGGUCAAGGAAAAGGAGUUCGUUUUUCCGAUGUAGCUGGUUUAAAAGAAGCCAAACAGGAAGUUAUGGAGUUUGUUGAUUACCUCAAGAAACCAGAACAUUAUAAGAGUUUAGGAGCAAAGGUUCCUAAAGGAGCUCUUUUGUUAGGCCCUCCUGGUUGUGGUAAAACUUUAUUAGCCAAAGCUGUUGCAACUGAAGCUGCCGUUCCUUUUUUGUCGAUGAACGGAUCAGAAUUUAUUGAAAUGAUUGGUGGGUUAGGUGCAGCCAGAGUGAGAGAUUUAUUCAAAGAAGCACGUAAACGAGCUCCGUGUAUAAUAUAUAUCGAUGAAAUUGAUGCAAUCGGUCGCAAAAGAAGUUCUACGAAUCAAGUGGAUGGCUCUGGUGGUGAAGGAGAACAAACAUUAAAUCAGUUGCUAGUUGAAAUGGAUGGAAUGGCGUCGAAAGAGAGUGUCUUAAUGUUAGCGUCAACAAAUAGAGCUGAUGUUCUAGAUAAAGCGUUGUUGAGACCGGGACGUUUCGAUCGACAUAUUUUAAUCGACUUGCCUACAUUAGAAGAAAGAAAAGAUAUGUUUGAAUAUCAUUUGAAAGGAAUUACUCUUGAAAAAAGUCCAUCAUUUUAUUCAAAACGUUUAGCUUAUCUGAGUCCAGGAUUUAGUGGGGCUGAUAUCGCUAACGUGUGUAAUGAAGCUGCGUUACAUGCAGCCAGAAGUCUUCAAAAAAAGGUCACUGCAGCUGAUUUGGAGUAUGCCAUCGAAAGAUCAGUCGGUGGUACUGAAAAGCGAAGUCAAGUGAUCUCUCCUGAAGAGAAAAAAGUAGUUGCAUAUCACGAGUCCGGCCAUGCUUUAGUUGGUUGGUUGUUACCUCACACAGAUGCUCUUUUAAAAGUCACCAUAGUUCCUAGAACAUCGCUGGCGUUGGGUUUCGCUCAAUACACACCCACUGAUCAAAAGCUUUUUUCUAAAGAAGAAUUAUUUGAUCGCAUGUGCAUGGCUCUGGGAGGUCGUGUAGCCGAAGCUAUCACUUUCAAUAGAAUCACCACUGGAGCGCAAAAUGAUCUGGAAAAAGUUACCAAAAUGGCAAAUGCUCAAGUACGACAAUUUGGGAUGUCUAAAGUUGUUGGCUUGGUAUCGUUUCCUGAUGAAGAUGGCCAAAGCCGACGUCCUUACAGCAAAACCUUACACGCUUUAAUGGAAGCAGAGGCUAAACAACUGGUGAAUAAAGCUUACAGACACACAGAAAGCGUGCUUCUAAAAAAUAAGGACAAAUUAAAAAAGCUCGCUGAAACGUUAUUGCAAAAAGAAACAUUGAGGUAUGAAGAAGUUGAACAAUUGAUUGGACCACCUCCUCAUGGUAGAAAGAACCUAAUCGAAUCUGCUGAUUUUGAGAGUUCUAUUUCACAACCACAACAAGAAGAAAAACCUGCUCAAGAAAGCUCUAAGCCUGGAGAAAAUAACAUAGUGGAGAAAUGAGCGGAACUGCUAUUAUUUGUGCAAUGACGUAUUUACGCAAAUGUACGAAGUGUGUUGUAUUAUUCUGCGGUUUUUUAAAAAGUUGAACUUGAUGACUAAGUUAGUUAUUUAAAGAAUUUGUGAGAAUAGCUGUAUUGUAAAUCAAAGUUUUUCUACAGCAGUGCACAGUGGACAAAUAACAAUAAAGUCUAUUCUUUUUCUA